AUGGCCAGCGGACGGAAGGCCCUCCUCGCAACGCGGCUUGAGCACAUUGUGGCCGAGACGGACGAGGCGCAUGCAGGGCUAGUGUGGGUGACGCUCAAUCGGCCCGAGGUCCGCAACGGGCUCUCGUUCGAGCUGGUGGCCGAGCUGCAUGCAGUGCUUGAUGAGCUGGCGGGCCCGAGCCGGGAGACGGCGCGGGUGGUCAUCCUCAGCGGGGCGGGCAAGGGCUUUUGCGCCGGAGCAAAUCUCAAGUCGCUGAUGAGCAAGGUUGCCGACUACCAGCUGGAGGACCAGAGGACCAUGUCGCGGCUCAUUCUCAAGAUCCGCGCCGCGCCCCAGAUCUUCAUCGCGGCGAUCCAUGGCGGCGCCGCCGGAGCCGGGCUCUCGCUCGCUCUGGCGUGCGAUGUGCGGGUGGCGGCCAAGGACCUCAAGAUGAACUGCGCCUUUGUCUUGCUGGGUCUCUCGGGCGCCGAGAUGGGCUGCUCGUUCUUCUUGCCCAAGCUUGUCGGCCCGGCAACAGCCAGCGAGAUGAUGCUGACCGGCCGGUUCAUGCACGCCGACGAAGCCGCCGCCCGUGGCCUGGUCACCAAGGUGUUAGCCGAUCGCGAGGCAGCGCUUGCCGAGGCUCAGUCACGCAAUCAACGCCAACGCUUUGGCGGCGCCUCGCUCGCGGCCGCCAUUGCGAUGGAGGACCGCCAGCAAGUUCUGUGUCUCAAAGACGAUGACUGUCUCCGUGUUGGCAUCAAGUACGCCGCUCGGUUCCUUGGUCCGUCAUCCAAGCUGUAG